AUGAGAACCAGAAGGUCGAAUCGCGCAAAACGGUACACACUCGAUCAGUACGACUUUCUUGAGUCUGGAGAUGAGGAGCAGCCUCAGAAGCAGAAGAGUCGCAAGACUGCCGACGACAAUGACGACAAUUUCGAGGCAGCUGCCGAGGAGCGCAGCGCUGGAGAGGACGACGAGGAUGAGGAAAACGAGGACGAGGACGAGCCGAGGAAUGACAGCGGCAGCGACGCAAAUCCACUAGAGAGACCCUCUCGCCAGCGCUCAAAAGGAACCAAACAGGCGAAACCAACCAAGCAGGGCAAGCCCGUCGACGUGGGCAUCCUGGAAGUGAACGGAUAUCUCGACAUCGAGCUCGUACCUCCAGAGGGCCAGCACAAGGGCUAUGUCGGGCCUUAUGACCGCGGUAUGCGCAACAAGGCCCUGGCGAGGACCUGGUUUGGCCCCGACCCUGAUCGCAUCAGCAUGGCCAUCGAGCUGCUGGAGCGCUGGGCCGGAUGGACGCUUCUCCCUCCAAAGGUGCCUCAGGACGAGGACGAGCCCACGGACAAGGGCUUCUGGAUUCCUGGCGGGCUCGACCGGGAGGCUCGUCUUGCGGAGAAGUGGCAUGUGCAGAUGAGCGCCGCUCUGCCGUCCGACAAUGUGUGGUUGGAGCUUAGUCUGGAGGAGUCUCAAGCGUUUCGCUUUCCCCAGCUGAGCAUGCCCAUGUUGACCGGCCCGUCAGUGGCCCAGCUGGAGCUGUCGAUGGAGCCCGGACGCUGCUAUGCCAUGUCGCAGAGCAACAUACCGUAUGACCAAGACGAGGACGAGGACAAGGUGCAGAGCGGGUGGGUUCUGGAUGUGGGCGGCAUCGUCUUGAGCAUGGACUGGGUGCCUCGGCGAGACAAGAACCCCAAGCAGCUGCUUGCUUUGGCAAUCAUACCCCAUCUCGACCAGGAGAUGUACAACUACGAGGAAGAGUCCGUAAAGCCCGGCUUUCAGAAGCAGGGCAUUGUUCAGGUCUGGGAGUUUCAGGGUGUUGCGACGGACGAUGCGUUUAUUCGACCAUCGAGCGAGCCUGCAAUACUGCGGAAGACGCUGUGCGUGGACUGCGGGCGCAUCAGACGAGUUAAAUGGAGCCCGUCGCGCAAUCACAUUGCGUUUCUCUGCGGUGAUGGUAGCGUAUAUAUUGCCGAUGCUGGGGAUCUUGACGGCCAGGAAGAGGGCGUCUACUAUCAGCUCCAUCGGCCACUUGCGGUUCUCAGUCUGGCUGAUGAGUACGCCAUCAAAGCGACUGCCAUGACUUGGAUCAAUUGCAAUCGAAUCGCUGUCGGCUAUUCUGACGGCUCCAUCGCUCUCUGGUCGAUUUACCCUCAGUGCCUCCUGUCUCGGCACCCUGUCCAUCACAACGACAUCAUCGACAUGGCAUCCGGGUACCCGACCAUGCCAACUGUCAUUGUUUCCCUCCCGGUCGGCGGCACCGCUCGAAUCCUGGACCUCCAGGCCCCGAGCUACGAAGUCACCGAAGCCCAAAGGCCACUGGUGCAUACACAGCCGGGCCUCUUGGGCUACAGCGACCAUCUUCAGGGGUUCAUGUCCAUAUAUCCUUCUGCUAGUGCCUUGAACACGGUUAUUGGAUUUUUACACCACGCGCAUUUCCCCGUAUGUAGGAGGAUCUUCACUGGGGAUAGUUUCCUCACUUGUCUGUCCGUCGGGCGACUUCAUCCCUUUUUGCUCGUCGGCACCAUGGACGGUUCUAUAUGGUGUUUCAACGCGCAGACGGAGGUCUUUAGCAAUCGGCACGAGAUGACAGACAAGAUUCGCAUUUUCCGGCACGAGCAUCGGCCGGGGUAUUUGUUCCCUCCUGACUCGCCUGCAGCUGCUCGAGGUGUGUCUCGCGUGACGCACGGCUAUGGAGUGGACAGGAAUAGGAACUCGAAGCUCGAGGGCAAGCAGGCUGCGAAAAGGGGCAAGAAGCUGCGCGCCAAGGAGCCAGCUGAGGUUCCCGAGGGCGAGCGAGAGGGCGAGGGGGAAGAUGAUGACGAGGACGCUGGCGACACGGAUCCGUCACGAGCUAGGCUGCAUGAGGCGCUGACGAGAAUCACUGCUAUUGAGUGGAACCCUAAUGUAGACUAUGGAUGCUGGGCGGCGGUGGCCAUGGGCUCGGGCAUAGUGCGAGUAAUUGAUCUGGGACUGGAAAAGUACCCUGAGAGCACAUGA